AUCCGUCUUUGCUCUUUGUAUCCAGGAAACUUCGAUGAUCCUAUUCAAUGUUAUAUCAAACCUUUCAAUCUUCACCCUCUGCCGAAAUUUGAAGCCUUGUCCUAUACUUGGGGAAACCCUACGGAUCGUCUCCCCAUAAUCGCCAACGGCGAGACGAUGCUCGUCACUAAAAACCUUGCAACAUCAUUGACAUAUUUGAGAGAUUGCUCAGACGCUAGGGUUCUGUGGAUUGAUGCAAUUUGUAUUAAUCAAAACGAUCUCGGCGAACGGAGCAAACAGGUCAUGCUAAUGGGAAAGAUAUACGAGGUUGUGACACGGGUUAUUUCCUGGCUAGGAAUUCGCGAUCCGCUGUUUGACCCCUUCAUCGAAAUGCACCACGCUACUUCACUGUUCCAGCACAUCAGAUUUCUCAAGACACACCCACCGUUCCAAGCUUACCUUGAGAGCAACAACACAUAUUGGCAACGCGCUUGGAUCAUUCAAGAAGUUAUUUGUGCGAAAAGAUUGAUAUUG